AUGAAGACCUUGCGGAACAGCCACAUCCUUGGGUUGUUACUUUGUGCUUUCUAUCUACCAUUGGUAGUUUCCUUUGAAAAAGUUACCAUCCCAGCAGAGCUGAAGUCAGCUGUAGUGAAAAUUGUAGUCAACACCACAUCCUGCAGCGUCACCUGUGGGCCGGGCUUCAAACUGGAGGAGAUGUGCGAGAUCACUGCCGACGGAGAGAGGAGGAAUUGUACCUUGCGCAGGUCCCACUGCCUGACCAGAUGGGUUUGUGGCUUACUCCACUUCACUGUCCCUGUGGGCAAACCCUUCCAGUUCAGCUGCCUGACCUUGGACACAGUUGACUUUGGUAGCCGAGCCUAUAGCUAUAGAUGGAGGCUUGCCCAAGGUCUCAUCACCACAAAUGAUCUACUGUUCAAACCCUUCAAGACCCCAGAUUCUGUCAUCAGAUUUUCCCCUACCAGGGAGUCUGAUGCAGGGACUUACCGAUGUGAUGUGCAGAUGUUGAAGACAUUCAGAGUCAUCAAGAGGGUUUACUUUGGGGUCAGAGUGAUCCCAAAUGACUUAGUGAAUCUGAACUUCCAAAAAUCCUUGACCUGGGAACAGAAGUUAGCAGCAAAUGAGGAGGAAGGAAACACAGAAAACAGCACCCAUGAAGAAGUGCAAGAGCAGCAGCACUUUUGGCAAAGAGAACUGUUUUAUGAAUGCUUGGUAGGAGUUGGAAGUGGAGUGGUAGGAGGUGUCUUGGUGAGCAUGGCUCUCUACUUCUUGCAGAAGAUUUUGUGA